AUGCUCUCCCCCCGCGCCGCAAAAACGGCAUCCGCCCUCCACCGGCCCUGGCGCUUCGCCCCGGCGCAGACCUACUCGGCCUCCGACCCUGCCGGCCUAAUCUCCUUUGGCAGCGCAAGCAACACCCUGAUGCUCAACGACGUCGCCGGCUUUGCGGCCACGGUGCCGCUGACCACAGACGUUUUUGGGUAUAGGUACAGCACCGCCGGCGGCGCCCGGCUCCGCGCCGCGCUGGCGGGGCAUCUGAACGCGACGUUCCAUCCCCACGCGCCGCUGAACAAGGAGCAUGUGCAGCUUGCGGCGGGGGCGACGGCCGUGCAGUGUAUUCUUGCGUUUUCGCUGGCAUCGCCGGGGGAAGGGGUGUUGACUUCUCGGCCGGUGUAUGGGCGCUUUGAGUUGGAUUUUGGAAAUGAGAUGGGCGUGGAGGUUGUGUAUGCCGACACCGACCCGGAGACGACUUUUCGGCCGGACGUCGUUGACGCGUUCGAGGCGGCGUUGCGGAGUUCUAAUGAGAAGGGCAUCAGGAUCCGGGCGGUGAUGAUUGUGAACCCGAAUAACCCGCUGGGGAGGUGUUACCCGCGCGAGACGCUGGUGGCCAUCUUGCGGUUCUGCGAGCGGCACAAGAUCCAUCUUGUCAGCGACGAGGUGUACGGAUUAUCCGUCUUUUCGUCGUCCGAGUCGCUGGCGCUGCCGGGCUUCACUUCGGUGCUGUCCAUCGACCCGGAGGGCAUCAUCGACCCGGACCUGGUGCAUGUCGAGUACGGCCUGGCCAAGGACUUUGCGUCCUCGGGGAUGCGGCUUGGGGCGUUGGUGUCGAGGAAUGCGGCGCUUCACGAGGCUUUCUCGAGCGUUGUCAGGUUUCAUAGCCCUGCUGGGCCGUCUGUUGCGAUUGCGACGGCCAUGUUUGAGGAUCGAGGGUGGCAUGACGAAUUUAUCAAAAAGUCGAAGCGGAGCAUCGCUGCGGCUUAUGAAUUUGUGACUGGGAGGCUGAAGGAGAUGGGGGUGGGGUAUGUUGAAGCCAACGCUGGGUUUUUUGUGUUUAUCGAUUUAUCGCCCUGGUUGCCGCCGGCGUCUGAAGAGUUUGACUCGGACUGCGAGCGGGAGUAUGCGUUGGCCGAGAGGUUUGUUGAGAAGGGGGUGUUUCUGCAUCCCGGCGAAGAACAUAGUCUUGCGCCGGGGCGCUUUCGGUUGGUGUAUACGCAAGAAGAGGAUAUUGUGGCCGAGGGUUUGAGAAGGAUCAAUGAGGUUUUGACAAAUGUGCCAUGGCCAGUGUCAAAGUGA